AUGGAAGCUCUGAUUCCAGUGAUAAACAAGUUACAAGAUGUUUUUCAUACGAUCGGUGCCGAAACCAUUCAACUUCCUCAGAUAGUGGUGAUUGGAGCCCAGAGUGCUGGAAAAAGUUCAGUGAUCGAAAAUAUCGUCUGCCGAGAUUUCCUUCCUCGUGGACCCGGUAUUGUUACUCGACGACCGCUGAUUUUGCAGUUGAUACAAGUCCCUCAAGAUUGUGAGGACGCAAACAGUUUGUCAAGUGCUGGUACCAAUGCAGAUGAAUGGGUUAGCUUCCUUCAUAUCAAGCAUAAAAAAUUUACAAAUUAUGAAGAGGUUCGCGAAGAGAUCGAAAGAGAGACCGAAAGGCUGACGGGCACCAAAAAGAGUAUUCAUCCCGAACCUAUUAGCAUGAAAAUCUAUUCACCGCAUGUCGUCAAUCUAACGCUCGUCGAUUUGCCGGGCAUGACGAAGGUGCCUGUUGGUGAUCAGCCAGCCGAUAUAGAAGUGAUCAUCCGCAACAUGAUAAUGAGCUACGUCGAAAACCCGAAUUCCGUUAUUCUUGCUAUCACGCCUGCGAAUCAAGAUUUUGCGACGUCUGAGGCCUUGAAGCUGGCACGCGAAGUCGAUCCGGAAGGGCGACGAACGUUGGCCGUCAUUACUAAACUUGAUUUGAUGGAUCAUGGAACGGACGCCGUAGACGUUCUUCUUGGUCGAAUAAUUCCAGUAAAGCUGGGUAUCAUCGGCGUCGUCAAUCGCUCACAGCACGAUAUCAUUAUUAAAAAGAGCAUCCCGGAUGCGCUGAAAGAUGAAGCUACCUUCUUGCAGAAAAAGUAUCCAACUCUUGCGAGUCGGAACGGUACGCCAUAUUUGGCCAAAACUUUAAGUAAACUCCUGAUGCAUCACAUACGAGACUGUCUCCCGGAUCUGAAGUCGCGAGUGAAUUUGCAGGCUGCUCAAUUUCAGAUGUUGCUGAAUUCUUACGGUGGUCCAGUGGAUGAUAAAGUAAUUUUGAUAGUUAUGAAUGUUGUUGAAAAUUUGGCAGCUAAUAUCGAAACUUCGGAAUUGUCAGGCGGUGCACGGAUAUGUUAUAUAUUUCACGAAACGUUUUGUCGUGCUCUGACGAACAUCGACCCGCUUGGUGAUCUCAGCACAAUAGACAUCUUGACAGCUAUUCGAAAUGCUACAGGUCCGAAACCAGCACUUUUUAUUCCUGAGAUUUCCUUCGAGCUGCUGGUCAAACGGCAGAUUAAGCGCUUGGAAGAGCCGAGCCUCCGCUGCGUCGAGCUGGUUCACGAGGAGAUGCAGCGCAUCGUUCAGCACUGCGGAACCAACAUCCAAACAGAGAUGAUCCGUUUUCCGAAGCUAUACGAAAAAAUCGUUGACGUUGUCACGGCGCUACUGCGUCGCCGUCUACCCGUGACGAAUCAAAUGGUGGAAAAUCUUGUGGCGAUCGAGCUGGCUUAUAUUAACACAAGGCACCCGGAUUUCAUUAUCGCUCCAUUAGGAAAGCUUUUAAUGAAAGAAUACGAAUCAAGGAUGGUGAUGAACUUCACUGGCGAGAGUUCUAGGACUUUCCCAAGACCAACGGUGUCCGGUGUGCUGUCGCAGUGGAUCUUGGGUCGAGGUAGAAGAGGAGAUAUUUACGACGCUUCAAACGCGGAAUCGACGACUGUUCUGACACCUGUUUCAGGUCGAUCGAUGAACCUCCUUCCGGUGGUGCCCGUUAACACACCCGAUCGCAAAUUGACCUUGAAGGAACGCACCGACUGCCAGUUAAUAGAAUGCUUGAUUCGGUCUUAUUUCGAAAUCGUCAGGAAAAAUAUCCAGGACGCCGUUCCCAAAACGAUCAUGCACUUCCUAGUUAAUUUUGUGAGGGACAAUCUGCAGAGCGAGUUAGUGCGGCAGUUGUACAGGCACGAAAUGUUGGAGGAACUGCUUGUCGAAUCUGGCCAGGUAGCACUGAGGCGAAAAGAAGCGGCUGAAAUGUUGCAGGCGCUAAAGAAGGCCAGUCAAAUUAUCAGUGAGGUUCGAGAGGUGCAUAUGUGGUGA